AUGUCUAAUAAUUCUUCGCCGAGUACUCCGAUGUAUGAAGGAGAUGAGUUUAAUCGACGUCUGGCGGGAAUACCUAUGGAAGGUAGUCAAAAUACAGAUCACCAGUCUCCAGUUGUCAUUGAAGCCAACGUGCAUGACAUUUUCAUGUAUGGUGAGAUGACUCAAUCCGGAGAUAGUGGUUACUCCACUGACCAGAACACGCAGAGGGAGAAUAGGGUACGAUCUUUGUCACCGGUUCAACCUGUUUUUCUGGAGGAAGCUUCGCCCGAUAUGUUCCCGCCAACAACUCCGAGGGCCUACGCACUGAGGGUGAGAAACGAUCUCUUCCCGGACUUAGUUUCUCAGCCCAUGGUACCCCCGGAAUAUAACUUGUUAAUUGUCGGGGAAAUUUUGAACACGUCGCGGCAUUCUGGAGGGCAAUCACCAGAAAUGGAUUGGAGAGAUGACGGAAAUGAUGAGAUGAUCUGUCAUAUGGAAGCAUAUGAAGAAGAUGAAGAGCUGAACCGGUGCAUGGAUUUAUAUGAAGGGGGGGAGUAA